AUGUUUUCCGUCGCGGGGCCCGUCGUAUUCAGCGAGCGGACGCCAUGGGACUUUAGACCCGCCGUCCCGUCGCCUCUGUCCUCAUCACCCAUUCGCGCGUCCUCGCCACUCUCUCCGAUCAGCGACAACACCGUCCGCCAAACCCAGUCGUCGCCCAUCCCCGCGCCAAAGUUCAAGUACGCAUCGCGACCGACGAGGCCAAACCCGGUGCUCCGGAGACGCGAGGACGUGCAGGAGAACCGCCGCAAAGCUUUCCUCCAGAAUGUCAGGCAGCGCCAGGAUGACAAGACGUACCAGAGGCGGGAUAUGGAGGGAACACUUCUAAAGUCAGACUGGGACCGUGACAUGCGGCAACGCUAUUAUUUCAAGCAGCUUGAGGGAGACGCGAUAUACUCCGAAGCGGACAUAGAGGACGCGGCUACUCUUAGCCAGAACCAAAAGCAGCAGAUCCCCGAUGGCGUCGAUGACAUGAUGGUCGACGCGAUCGCACAGGAAGAGCAGGAUGAGCUCGACGCGUUGCUCUCGUCUUACAGCCAGUCUUCAGACGCUCAGCAACCAGACAAGUCAGACCCUUACAACCUAUCAGACGACGAAGACUAUGAUGAGCUGUUCAUGAGCCUGGUGUCACAAGAAAGCGCAGUACCGGACGCAUCUUCCCAGGAAAUGGACAUGUCCUGA